CUCGCCCUCCCUCCUUCCUUCUCACUCUCCGAGCGGGUCGGCCCCUGUCCCUCAUCCCCGCAGCGGACCGCUCCUGUCCCCGUCACCCCUUCUGGAGGAGGUCCUGCCCCUCUCUCCCGUCUCCCGUCCUCUCCCAUGUCCCUGAGUGAGGCUCCGAUCGACGACAUGGCCGCGGCUGGCCAGCUGUCGUCGAUGGACCGCCUGGAUCCGGACCGGGAUGCCGGCCCCCCCGAGGCCGCGCCCCCGCCGGCCCUUUGUGACGGGAAGACCGUGACCGACUAUAUGGUGGGCCUGGUGGCGCACCUGUUCUCCUUCGCCCCGGCCGAGGUGUCGAGCUUCCUCCAAGGGCACCCUCUGUUUGCCGAGGCACUCGACAACUUCAUCAAGGGUCCGGGGUCGCCGGUUCUGGUGUUCACGCGCUCCUCGCGUGAAUCCACCAGUCCCGAUGACUCUCCCUUCGCCCUUGGCUUUCAAACCGAGGUCUCCUUCGGCAACUUCGAGGCGUCGGUGGUUUUCAUCCGCCGCGGCCCGGCGGUCGUGGUCGGCAAGGCCCUGGCCGCCCAAAUCCACCUGCUGAGUCUCAACGACUCGUCGCCCUACGAGAUGUUGCACUCCUACAUCCACAAUGCCGUGUCGCCGUACUUCAACACAUACGCGGCGGCCAGUGCGGCCAUGGCCGGGCCGGAGGCCGGGUCCGCGGCGGCCACCGCCGCCGGGGGUGCCCCGGUCCCCGAGUCGCGCUCCGGCGUGCCAACCGUCAAGAAGAAGCUCGCCGAGCUGGAGCUCUCGCUGCGCCACCUGAAUGAGCAUAUCCUGGUGCCGGAGAUCCAGCUGGUCCUGCAUCCGGUCAUCGAGGCGGCGGUGGCGCGCGCCCGCGCGGCCGGCCACUCGGAGGUUGGCAUCCGCCAUAUCGAGCCCGCCUCGCUGGUGGAGGACCGCGAGAGCCCGGCCUCCAAGGCCUUCUUCGCCAGUCUGCAGGACACCCUCAACAACUGGGUCAAGGAAAUUCGCAAGGUGACCUUCGCCACGCAUGACCCGGCUCAGGGUGCCGCGGCCGAGGAGGUUUCCUUCUGGGAGAGCGUCGACGCGGAGCUCGCUCGUCUGGAGGUCUUCCUCAACAGCGACGGGGUCAACCUGACGAAGGAGGUUUUCCGCUACUCGAAGCGCGUGAAUGUCAUCCUGAACUUCGACACGGCCAUCAACUUCAAGAGCGCCCAGGACCAGGCCACUCGCUACAUGAUCUUCUUGCGGGAUCUGCCCGUGCGCGAGAUCGUCCUGGCCACCAAUCUGAGCCAGCUCCGGGAUGCCUCGUCCACCGUGCUGCAGCAUAUGAUCAAGCGCGUUCGCAUCACCAACUACCCCCUGAAGAACAUCCAGAUCCUGGCCUUCUCCAUGUCGCAGGAUUUGACGCAGCAGAUGGUGCGCAUCCUGCAGGACAUGCGGUUGAUGCACCUCGGCGCCGAGGAGCAGGUGGCCUGCCUGAGCGAGUGCUUCACCAUCUUCUCGGCAUGGGAUCAGAAUUGCUCGCAGCUGGUCACCUAUGCGCGAGAUAACUUCCAGCGCCGGCAGGACCGCCACUAUAUCAAGAUCGGCUCGGACAUCGGCGCAUUGAAGACUCGCCUGGAGCUGCUGCGCACCUUCCUCAUGGAGCACCAGGCCCUGCAGAAGACCGUCGGCUCGGUCUUCGGAGCCGGGGCCCGCCUGAUCGCCGGGUCGGCGGGCGGGUCGUCCUCGGGAGCGAACUCGUCAUCGGCGGCGGCGGCGGCGGCGGCGGCGGCCGCGGCCGCGGCCGACAUCGACCCCCUGGCCGUGGUCCGAAAGGCGUAUCAGGAUUUCGCGGCGGCCGACGUGCUGGACACCUCGGACGAGGGGGCCCAGCUGUAUCGCCAGGCGCGGCAGGCGUACGAUGCGCAGAUCAAGCGCGUGGAGGGGCUGAUCAUCGCCCUGCUGCGCGAGCGGCUGAGUGUGUCGCACACGGCUUCCGACAUGCUGCGUACCCUGUCGCAGUUCAAUGUCUUCUUCAAUCGCCCGGGCGUGAAGGCCGCCGUGCACACCUACCAGGCGGACCUGCUGCGCCAUGUGCAGGAGGACAUUGCCCUGUUGCAGCAGCGUUUCAUCCGCGGGUACCACUCUUCGGCUGCGGCCAAAUUCGACCAGCAGCGCGGCCUGCCCCCGGUGACCGGGCAGAUUGCCUGGGCCCAGCAGAUUGCCCGGCAGCUGGCGGGCUAUGUGCAGCGCAUCGAGUCGGUGCUCGGGUCUUCCUGGAAGGAGCAGGCGGCCGGCCAGAAGUUGGCCGCCUCGACCGAGGCCUUCCGUUCGCGCUUGGACCCGGUGGCCUUCUUCAAUGAUUGGGUCAACACUUGCCGGGCGCACAGCUACUCCUUCCGCAUCGCCGGCGGGGUGUUGCUGGUGGAUCGGCGCCAGGUGGCUGGCCCGGUGCGGGCCCUGACCGGGGCCGGUGUGGCCGGCGCCGGCGCCGCCCCGGCCACGACCAGCAUGCGUCUUUUCCUGGAUGUCAACUUCAGCCACAGCCUGGAGACCCUCUUCAAGGAGACCUUCCACCUGGCCUGGUUGGGGUACUUCGCCCCGCGGGACAUCCACUCGGUGGCCAUGGUGGCCCGGCGCCUGUAUCCCCUGGCGGCCAGCCUGCGUGAGACCAUUUCCAUGUACGAAGCCGUGUGCGGGGUGCUGGAGCAGCGGCCGGACUUGUCGCUGUUGAUGGCCGGCCGGCAGAAGGAGAUCCAUGCGCAGCUGGUCCAGGUGAAUGCCCUGUCCUGGAGCCUGCUGAGCCGGAGCCAGUCGGUGCGCGAGGUGCGCACCGGUGCCGGGGAGAUCACCCACCUGACGGCACUGGUGUCGGCCUUCGGGUCGGCCUUCGGCGAGCUCCGGCAGAAGGUCGAUGCCCUGGAGGGGGUGUUGGCCCAGCUGGCCACGUGUCCCUUCCUGCCACGGGCCUUCUUCGACAUCGGGGCCCGUGCCCAGGCCAUCGUCAACUCCAUCAGUUUGUUGAACUUCAGCAAUCUGGACCACUGGGUGGCCGGGCUGAAUGCCCGGAUGUCUGGCAUUUUGCUGGAGCGCCUGCGCCUGGCGGUGCGUGCUUGGAUUCAUGUCUUCAGCCGGGAGGCUGUCGAUGUGGAUGCCGGGUCCGCGGGCCGGGGCCCGGCCGGUGGCGAUCUCGAUCCGGAGGACGAGGAGGCCGAGGCCGUGGCGGAUCCGGUGGCACUGGCCGGCGCCGAGGAGGCCCUGCGUGGCAUGCGCCAGCUGGUGCUGGAGCUGCUGCUGCGCAAUCAGGUCAUCUUCCUGGAGCCGCCUCUGGAGCAGGCCCGGUCGAUGUGGAUCACCGGGCUGUACACCUUCCUGAGCCCGGUGUGCCAGUUGGGCGUGCUGCGGUCGUCGGCGUUGGAUCUGGCCGCCGGUGGGCCUGGGUCUCCGGCGGCGCUGCCGGGCCCCGGGGGCAGUGACGUGACGGCCGCCGGCGGUGCGGUCACCGCGGCCGGGGCCGGCGGCUCUGCCAGUGGUGCUGCCACUCAGGCGGCCACCUUCCGCUUCUUGCUGCGGGAUUUGGUGGCCUCGGGCGAGCUUCAGGCUGCCUUUGAGGCGGUCGAGUCGAAGAUCGCCACGGUCGGGACGUAUGUCGCGGAUUGGCUGCGCUAUCAGGCCCUGUGGGACCUGAAUGAGGCCCAUGUGGCUCAGCGUCUGUCCACCGAUGUGGCCCUGUGGCGGACUCUGCUGGCGGACAUUCGGAAUGCCCGGUCGACCUUCGACACGUCGGAGUCCCGGCGGGAGUUCGGUGUGGCGGUGGCCAUCGACUAUGGCCACAUCCAGCAGAAGGUCACCUCGCGGUAUGACGCCCUGCAGGCCAGCCUCCUGAAUCACUUUGGUGGGCUGCUGCGCGAGAGCACCGGCACCCUGUUCGAUCAGCUGGUGGAGGCUCGCCUGCAGUUGGAGGACUCGCGCUUGGGUUCCGCCGGGGCCGAUGCCACCGGGCUGGCUGGUGCCAGUGGGGCGACCGGGUCCAGCGGUGGUGGCACCGCCGCGGCGAUUGCCUGCGUGACCCUGGUGCAGGAGGUCAACCGUCGGGUGCCGGGCUGGGCCGCAUCGCUGGAUACGCUGAAGGGCUGCGAGGUCCUGCUCCGGCGUUUGCGCUUCCAAUUCCCGGCCGGGUGGCUGUACUUCGAGCGGCUGGACUCCGAGUGGGAGGCCCUGCAGCUGACCCUGUCCAAGCGGAAUGAGGAGAUCAAGCGGCAGUUGGCGCCCUUGCAGGCGCGCAUCACCGAGCAGGAUGCCCAUUUGCUGGAGCAAAUCCAGGCCGCCGAGGCGGAUUGGGCAGCCAACAAGCCGCUGCGCGGGGACACCCGGCCGGCGGCGGCGCUCACUGCGCUGGCUCAAUUUGAGGCCACUUUCGGCCGGCUGUCGGAGGAGUGGAUCCAGCUGGAGCGUGCCAAGGAGUCGCUGAAUUUGCCGGCCGGCGGGGAGAACCGCGUGCUCUUCAUGCUGGCCGAGUUGGAGGAUCUGCGCCUGGUGUGGCAGGAUCUGGCCAAGAUUUGGGCGGCUCUGCGGGAGCUGGGCGAGACCCCCUGGGCGUCGAUCCAGCCGCGCAAGGUGCGCCAUGCGCUGGAGGAUCUGUCCGAGGCGCUGCGCGCGCUGCCGGUGCAGCUCAAGCAGUAUGCCGCCUUCGAGUAUGUGCAGGCCGAGUUGCGGACCCUGCUGCGUGCGAAUCUGGUCAUCGGCGAUCUGAAGGGCGAUGCCAUGCGUGAGCGCCAUUGGCAGAUGCUCUUCCGGCGCCUGCGUGUCGGGGAGCCCGGCGGUCCGGCCGGGCCUGGCAGUGCGACCGGCCUCGGCCGGCGUGUGGCCCUCGGGGACAUCACCCUGCAGUUCCUUUGGGACUUGGGCCCGGCGCGCAAUGAGGCCGCCAUUCGCGAGGUGCUGGUGGUUGCCCAGGGCGAGCUGGCCCUGGAGGAGUACCUGCGCACGGUGGAGGAAACUUGGAAGGCCUUCGAGCUGGAGCUGGUCAAUUACCAGAACAAGUGCUACCUCAUCCGUGGCUGGGAUGACCUGUUCAAUCGGUGCAAUGAGCACCUGAGCGCCCUGCAGGCGAUGCGCAUUUCGCCGUACUACAAGGAAUUCGAGGGGACGGCCGCCACCUGGGAGGAGCGUCUGACUCGGGUGAAUGCCAUCUUCAAUGUGUGGAUCGAUGUCCAGCGGCAGUGGGUGUACUUGGAGGGCAUUUUCACCGGGUCCGCGGACAUCCGGAAUUUGUUGCCCACCGAGUCGGCCCGGUUCCAGUCCAUCAACCAGGAGUUCCUGACCCUCUUGCGCCGGGUGGCCAAGGACCCGCAAGUGUUGGAGGUGAUUGCCAUCCCGAACAUUGCGCGGUCGUUGGAGCGCCUGGCCGACAUGCUGGCCAAGGUGCAAAAGGCCCUCGGUGAGUAUUUGGAGAAGGAGCGCUCCUCCUUCCCGCGGUUCUACUUCGUCGGUGAUGAGGACCUGCUGGAGAUCAUUGGCAAUGCCAAGGAUGCCAACAAGAUCCAGAAGCACUUGAAGAAGAUGUUCGCCGGGAUUUCGGCCCUGGUGCUGGAGGGCGGCUCGACCGGGGCCACGCUGGCCGACAGCAGCCCGGCCGAGGGGGCCGGCGGGGAGGGCGCCGCAUCGGCGACGACCGCCGGCACCGGGGCCCCGUCGGCCGAUGCCGUGCCGACCGCCGUGCUGGGCAUGGUCUCGCGCGAGGGCGAGACCGUGCCCUUCCGCACGCCGAUCGACCUGCGCGCGCAGCCCAAGAUCAAUGAGUGGCUGGCUCAGGUGGAGCAGGAGAUGCGCCUGUCGCUGGCGCACCUGCUGGAUGAGUCGAUCUUGGCCCUGUUGGCUCUGCAGCAGGGGGCCAUCGAUGUGGCCUUCGAGACGGCGGCCGGCAUUGGGGCCUCCCCGGGCGGUCUUCCGGCCGUGGAUGCUGCCGAUGGUGGUGGGGCCGACUCGCCGGUGGUGGCGCUGGCCGUGGCCCCGGUGGGCGAGCAUUUCGGCCAGGCGGCCUUCCUGGAGUGGGUCCAGCGCUUCCCGGCGCAGUUGGUGGUCAUCGCGGCGCAGGUUGCCUGGACCACGCAUGUGGAGCGGGCCCUGGCCCAGGGUGCCGGCGAUGGCGAUGCCGCUGGCCAGGCCCUCGGGGCGCUGCUGCGCUUUGUGGAGCAUGUGCUGACGGUUCUGGCUGACACGGUCCUGCAGGAUAUCGAUGGAUUGUAUCGGCGCAAGUGCGAGCACCUGAUCACGGAGAUGGUGCACCAGCGCGACAUCAUCCGGCGGCUGGUGGCCGACCGGGUGACAUCGGUCGGCUCCUUCGACUGGCUGUACCAGAUGCGCUUCUACCAUGAUGCCCAGGGGGCGGACCCGCUGCGGCGGUUGGCCAUCCGCAUGGCCAAUGCCUCUUUCGAUUAUGGGUUCGAGUAUCUCGGCGUGGUGGACAAGCUGGUGCAGACGCCGCUGACGGACCGGUGCUACAUGACCCUGACUCAGGCAUUGGACUUGCGCCUGGGUGGUUCGCCCUUCGGCCCGGCUGGUACCGGCAAGACCGAGUCGGUCAAGGCCCUGGGCGCGCAGCUUGGACGCUUUGUGUUGGUGUUCUGUUGCGAUGAGACCUUCGACUUCCAGGCCAUGGGCCGGAUCUUCGUGGGGUUGUGCAUGGUCGGCGCGUGGGGCUGCUUCGAUGAGUUCAAUCGUCUGGAGGAGCGCAUCCUGUCGGCCGUGUCGCAGCAAAUCCAAACCAUUCAGAUGGCCCUGCGGGAUCAGCGCGCAUCCGGGGCCGCUGUCACCAAUGAAAUCGAGCUGGUGGGCAAGCAGCUGACCGUGCACCCGGGCACCGGGAUCUUCAUCACCAUGAACCCGGGGUAUGCCGGCCGGUCAAACCUGCCGGACAACUUGAAGAAGCUCUUCCGUGGCAUGGCCAUGACCAAGCCCGACCGGGAGCUCAUUGCCCAGGUGAUGCUCUUCUCGCAGGGGUUCCGGUCGGCCGAGCUGCUGGCUUCCAAGAUCGUGCCCUUCUUCAACCUGUGCGCCGAGCAGCUGUCCUCGCAGCCGCAUUAUGACUUCGGCCUGCGCGCCUUGAAGUCGGUGCUGGUGAGUGCCGGUAACCUGAAGCGCGAUCGGAUUUUGUCGGCCACCGGGCCGGGGUCGGCCGAUCGUGGCAAUGCCGUGGCCCAGGCUUCCUCGGCCCUGGCCGAGCAGGAGAUCCUCAUCCAGUCGGUGGCCGAGACGGUGGUGCCGAAGCUGGUGGCCGAGGACAUUGCCCUGCUGCGGAGCCUGCUGGAGGAUGUCUUCCCCGGGGUGCCCUACCGGCCGGCGGACACGCGUGCCCUGCGCGAGGCCAUCGAGGCCAUCUGUCGCGAGCGCCACCUGGUGGCGGCGGAUGCCUGGGUGGACAAGGUCCUGCAGUUGUACCAGAUCCACAAGAUCAACCAUGGUGUGAUGCUGGUGGGCCCGGCGGCCACCGGCAAGUCCACCGCUUGGUCGGUGCUGCUGGCGGCCAUGCGCCAGGUGGAUGGCAUCGAGGGUGUGGCGCAUGUCAUCGACCCGAAGGCCAUUCCGAAGGAGGCCCUGUAUGGGACGCUGGAUCCGACGACGCGCGAGUGGACGGACGGCCUCUUUACGGGGAUCCUGCGCCGGGUGCUGGACAAUGUGCGCGGUGAAUUGAACCGCCGCCAGUGGAUCAUCUUCGAUGGUGACGUGGACCCGGAGUGGGUGGAGAACCUGAACUCCGUGUUGGAUGACAACCGGCUGUUGACCCUGCCCAAUGGCGAGCGCCUGUCCCUGCCGCCGAAUGUGCGUGUCAUGUUCGAGGUGCAGGAUCUCAAGUAUGCCACUCUGGCCACGGUGUCCCGCUGUGGCAUGGUUUGGUUCAGUGAUGAUGUGGUGUCCCAGCCGAUGGUGUAUCACCAUUAUCUGGCGGCCCUGGAGGCGGAUGUCCUGCCGGGGAUGGAUGCCAUGUUCGAGGGUGCCGGGCGUCGUGGUGGCACGGCGGCCACCACCGGGUCCGAGGGCGGCGACCUGCCGGCGGCCCUGGUGCUGCAGCGGGAUUGCGCGCGCGUCUGGCGGCCGUACUUCGCGGAUGAGGGGCUCGUGACGCAGGCCCUGCGCCGGGCGGCCGAGCUGGAGCACAUCAUGGAAUUUUCCCCGGCUCGGGCGUUGCAAACGCUGUUCGCCAUGCUGAACAAGACCGUGCGCAAUGUCUUCGAUUACAACCAGUCGCAUCCGGACUUCCCGCUGGCGGCCGACACCGUGGAGCGGUAUUGCGUCCGGCGCCUGCUCUAUUGCCUGGUGUGGGCCUUCUCCGGGGAUUGUCGCCUGCCUCAGCGUGAUGUGCUUGGGGCCUUCCUGCUGGGCACGGCCGGUGUGGAACUCCCGGCCGGGAGCUCGGCCGCCCCUCCGUCGCUCAUCGAUUACGAGGUCCAGGUGGCCUCCGGUGAUUGGGGCCUCUGGCAGAACCGGGUGCCGGUGGUGGACAUCGAGACGCACCGGGUCACGGCCCAGGAUGUGGUCGUGCCGACGGUGGACACGGUUCGCCAUGAGGAUGUGCUGUACACAUGGCUGGCGGAGCGUCGGCCACUGUUGCUGUGCGGGCCUCCCGGGUCCGGUAAGACCAUGACCCUGUUCGCCGCGCUGAAUGCCCUGCCGGAUGUGGAUGUGGUGGGGUUGAACUUCUCCUCGGCCACCACGCCGGAGUUGCUGCUGCGCACCUUCGAGCAGUAUUGCGAGUAUCGCAAGACCCCGGCCGGGCAGAUCCUGGCCCCGACGCAGCCCGGCAAGUGGCUGGUGCUCUUCUGCGAUGAGAUCAACCUGCCGGAGCAGGACAAGUACGGCACUCAGCGGGUGAUUUCGUUCAUGCGGCAGCUGGUGGAGGCCGGCGGGUUCUGGCGUUGCCAUGGGACCGGUGCGUCGGACCGGCAGUGGGUGCGCCUGGAGCGCAUCCAAAUUGUCGGUGCCUGUAAUCCUCCCACCGAUCCCGGGCGUGUGCCCUUGACCGGGCGCUUCCUGCGGCAUUGCCCGCUGUUGAUGGUGGACUACCCGGGCGAGACGUCGCUGCAUCAAAUUUACGGCACCUUCUGUCGGGCCCUGCUGAAGGCGGCUCCCAGUGGGUUGCGGUCCUUCGCCGAGCCCCUGACCCAUGCCAUGGUGGAUGUGUAUCUGGCCAGUCAGCGGCAUUUCACCCCGGACCAGCAGGCGCAUUACAUCUACUCGCCGCGCGAGCUGACUCGCUGGGUGCGUGGUGUGUAUGAGGCCUUGCGGCCGUUGGAUGCGGCCGGGGUCCUGGCCGAUGGGGAGUUCCUGGUGCGCCUGUGGGCGCAUGAGGCCCUGCGUUUGUUCUCGGAUCGCUUGGUGUCGGCCGAGGAGCGUGCCUGGACCGGUGCCCUGAUCGAUUCGGUGGCCGAGAAGCACUUCGGUGCCGGUGUGAAUCUGGUGUCGGCCCUGGCGCGGCCGAUUCUCUUCUCGGACUGGCUGUCGAAGCACUAUCUGCCGGUGGAUCGCGAGCAGCUGCGCGAGUAUAUGAAGGCUCGUUUGCGUGUGUUCCACGAGGAGGAGCUGGAUGUGCCGCUGGUGCUGUUUGACGAUGUGCUGGAGCAUGUGCUGCGCAUUGACCGGGUCUUCAAGCAGGUCCAGGGCCAUGCGCUGUUGAUUGGUGUCUCGGGUGCCGGGAAGACCACCCUCACGCGCUUUGUGGCCUGGAUGAAUGGCUUGACCCUGUUCCAGAUCCGUGCCCAUGCGGCCUAUAGCAUGGAGGACUUCGAUGACGAUCUGCGGGAUGUCCUCCGGCGGACCGGCUGCCGGGGGGAGAAGAUUUGCUUCGUCAUGGACGAGGGGAAUGUCCUGGACACGGGCUUCCUGGAGCGCAUGAACACCCUGCUGGCCAAUGGCGAAGUGCCGGGGCUCUUUGAGGGGGAUGACCAUGCGCAGCUGAUGACCGCCUGUCGAGAGGGCGCCCAGCGUGAGGGGCUGCUGAUUGACACGCCGGAUGAGCUGUACCGGUGGUUCACCCAGCAGAUCACUCGGAAUUUGCAUGUGGUGUUCACGAUGAACCCGCCGGAGGGCGGCCUCGGUGGCCGGGCGGCCACUUCGCCGGCUCUCUUCAACCGCUGUGUGUUGGAUUGGUUUGGCGAUUGGUCGCCGCAGGCCCUGUACCAGGUGGGUUCGGAGUUGACGCAUCGGUUGGACUUCGACGCGGCUGGGGGCCGGCAAUUCGCGGUGCCCACCCAGUAUGGGCCCUUCCCGCUGGCACAUCCGGACCUGGGGCCGGUGAUUGAAUUGCCCCCCUCGCAUCGGGAGUCGCUGGUCAAUGCGCUGGUCUUUGUGCAUGCCUCCCUGGGGGAGGUGUGUGCGCGUGUGGCCAAGCGCCAUGGGCGUCUGUUGCACAUUACGCCGCGCCAUUUCCUGGAUUUGAUUCAUCACUUUGGGCGUCUCUUCGAGGAGAAGCGCUCGGAGUUGGAGGCCCAGCAGCUGCACAUUAGCGUGGGCUUGAAGAAGCUUCGGGAGACCUUCGACGCGGUGGCCGAGCUCCAGUCGACCCUGGCGGUGACCAGUGCCGAAUUGGACCGGAAGAAUGCCGAGGCCAAUGCCAAGUUGCAGGAGAUGCUGCAGCGGCAGCAGGAGGCCGAAAAGCGCAAGGUCGAUUCGACGGCCAUCCGCCGGGAGGUGGAGGAGUCCAGUCGGGUGAUUGCCAGCCGCCAUGAGGCGGUCAUGGUGGACCUGGCCCAGGCGGCGCCGGCCGUGGAGGAAGCCCAGCAGGCGGUCAAUGGCAUCAAGAAGUCCCAGCUGACGGAGAUCCGGUCUUUGCCGAAUCCGCCGAAGGCCGUGUCGCUGGCCCUGGAGCCGGUGUGCUUGAUGCUGGGCGGCGGCCCGGCCGGUGGCGGGGCCAUCACCUGGCAGACCAUCCAGCAGACCCUGCGCCGGGAGGACUUCAUCACGUCGAUUGUCAAUUACAACACGGAGAAGCAGCUGACGGCCGGCGUGCGGGAGCACAUCCGCACGCGGUACCUCAGCAAUCCGGAUUACAACUUCGAGGUGAUCAACCGCGCGUCGAAGGCUUGCGGCCCGUUGGUCAAGUGGGUGCAGGCCCAGUGCAGCUAUUCCACCAUUCUCCAGCGUGUGGAGCCCCUUCGCCAGGAGGUGGCCGAGUUGGAGGCGGCCGGCGAGUCGGCGCGCGUGCAGCUGGCCGAGGUGGAGGCCACCAUCGCCGAGCUGGAGCAGUCGAUUACUCGCUUCAAGGAUGAGUAUGCCACAUUGAUUGCGGAGACCCAGGCGCUGAAGGCCCAGCAGGAGACCGUUCGGGCAAAGGUGACCCGGGCAACCGGGCUGCUGGAUUCCCUGCAGUCGGAGCGUGCGCGCUGGUCGGAAACCUCCUCGACCUUCGAGCAGCAGAUGACCACCCUGGCCGGUGAUGCGCUGGCAUGCGCGGCGGCCGUGGCCUAUUCCGGGUUCUUUGAUCAGACCCAUCGGCAGUUGCUCUUCCGCCGGUGGCUGGCGCAUCUUCGUCGGUCGGGCAUCGCCACGCGGGCCGACCUGUCGGUGACGGAGUAUCUGUCCACGGCGGAUGAGCGGCUGGCGUGGCAGGCGCGCGGCCUGCCGGCCGACGACCUGGCCAGCGAGAAUGCCGUCAUGCUGACGCGCUUCAACCGGUACCCGCUGAUGAUCGAUCCGUCGAGCCAGGCCCGGGCCUUUGUCCUGCGGCAGCUGGCCGACCGGAAGAUCCAGCACACAUCCUUCCUGGACAAGUCCUUCGUCAAGAACCUGGAAGCGGCCUUGCGCUUUGGGAAUCCGCUGCUGGUGGACGAUGUGGAGGCGCUGGAUCCGAUCCUGAAUCCGUUGCUGAAUCGCGAAGUCCGCCGGGCCGGUGGCCGGGUGCUGGUGCGCGUGGGCGCCCAGGAUGUGGACUUCUCGCCGGCCUUCUCGCUGUUCCUGGUGACCCGCGACUCGAGUGCCCUCUUUGGGCCGGAUCUCUGCUCGCGGGUGACCUUCGUCAACUUCACCGUGACUCGGGCUUCAUUGCAGAGCCAGUGCCUGUAUAGUGUGCUGCGCGCGGAGCGGCCGGACAUCGAGCAGAAGCGCACGGAUCUGCUGCGCAUGCAGGGCGAGCUGCAGACUCGUUUGCGGCACCUGGAGCGGGCCCUGCUGGAGGCCCUCAAUGCGGCCGAGGGGUCGAUCCUGGAGAGUGACUCGGUCAUCACCACGAUGGAGGCCCUCAAGCGGGAGGCGAGCGAAAUCGCCGGGCGCAUUUCCGAGACCGAUUCCAUGCGCGAUGAGGUGGAGGCCGUGACGGCCGAGUAUACCCCCUUCGCGGCGGCCUGCUCGGCGGUCUUCUUCACCAUGGAGCAGCUGAACCAGCUGCAUCCGUUCUACCAAUUCUCGCUGGACAUGUUCAUGGAGAUCUUCAACCAUGUGUUGGCCAGUGUCGGCCCGGCGGCGGCUACUGCUGUUGCUAGCACGGGCACCGGGCAGGAUGCGCCGGCUGCGCGUCUGGCCCGGCUGACGGAGCAGCUCUUCCGGACGGCCUUCCGCCGGCUGUCGUCGGCCCUGCUGCACAGCGACCAGCUGACCUUGGCCAUGCUCCUGGCGCGGCCCUUCGCCCGGGCCACGGGCCAAUCGCUGGAUGAGGAUCUGUAUGACUUCCUGAUUCGGAAUGUGACGGCCGCUGCCGGGGCCGGUGCUUCGGCCGGUGCGGACACCGGGUCGUCCUCGGCCGGCGGGCUGGUGUCCUCGCUGGAGGCGCGCCUGGAUGGGGCGGCGCGUGGCCUGGUGGCCACCUUGGGGCUGGCGCCCUCGUCGGAUCGGCUGGCGCAGCUGCGCGAGUUGCUGGCCCUGCCGGCCUUCGCCGGGCUGCCGGCCAGUGUCACCGCCGACCCCGAAGCCUGGGGCGCCUUUGUGCGUGGUGCCGGUGCGCCGGAGGUGGCGGUGCCGGCCGGGGCCUGGGACCUCGGGGCGGCCAGCCCGGAUGCGUCGGCCGAGGAGCCGCUGCCGGCCAGGCAGGCCGCCGUGGUGGAGGCCCUGCUGGCGGCGGUGCUGGUGAAGGUCCUUCGUCCGGACCGGGUGUCGCCGGCGUUGGAGCGCUUCUGCGGGCUGCUGUUCGGGGAGCACUUCCUCCAGCAGCCGGAGCAGCAGGCUCGCCUGCAGGAGGUGGUCCUGCGGGAGGUGACCGCUCGGACGCCGGUGGCCCUGUGCUCGGUGCCGGGGUUGGAUGCCUCCUUCCGGGCGGAGCAGCUGGCACGCGACCUGAAGCGCCCGCUGCGGGCCAUUGCCAUCGGCUCGCCGGAGGGCUUUGCCCAAUCGGAUCAGGCCAUUUUGGCGGCGGUCAAGGCCGGCACGUGGGUCCUGCUGAAGAAUGUGCACCUGGCGCCGCAGUGGCUGUCGCAAUUGGAGAAGCGCCUGCAUGCGCUGACGCCGCAUGCGGACUUCCGGCUGUUCAUGACCAUCGAGGUGGUGCCGCAAAUCCCGGCAUCCAUCCUGCGCCUGUCGCGCAUCUUCAUGUACGAGCGGCCGCCCGGCAUGAAGGCCAACAUUUUGGAGACGCUGGCGGACUUGCCGGCCGAGCGCAUCGGCCAGCAGCCGGUCGAGCGUGCCCGGCUGUUCUUCCUGCUGGCCUGGGUCCAUGCCAUCAUCCAGGAGCGCUUGCGGUACGCGCCGAUCGGCUGGACCACGGCCUACGAGUUCAAUGACGCCGAUCGCCGGUGUGCCUUCGAUGUGAUCGAUGGGUGGGUGGAUCGCGUGGCGCAGGGUGUCCGGACCAACAUCUCGCCGGAGUCCAUCCCCUGGAGUGCGUUGCGCACGAUCCUGGCCGAGUCGGUGUAUGGCGGUCGUGUGGACAAUGACUUCGAUCAGCGCACCCUGGCGGCCUUCAUUCGGCAGGUCCUCUCGGCGGCUUCCUACGAUCCGGAGUACAUGCUGGUGGCGGCCGGGCAUGAGGGGGCGACCGCGGGCGACAUGGGCCCCGGGGAGGAUGCCUCCUCGGUGGCCGGGCUGCGCGCGCCCACCGGCACCACCAUGCAAGCCUUCCUUGGCUGGGUGUCCGAGCUGCCGGACCGCCAGCCCCCGACGUGGCUCGGUCUGCCGGCCGACGCGGACAACCUCCUGCUGACGCAGGUGGGUGGCCAGCUGCUGGGCAAGCUCCGUGCCAUGGGCGGCUUGGAUGAGGAUGACGAGGCCCUGGAGACGGUGGACGACAUGCUGGCGGCGGCCACGGCGGCCGCUGGCCAUGUGGCUGCCGGAUCGACCGAGGCCGGGCUGGAUGCCUCGCUGCCGGGCUGGAUGCGUGCGAUUGCCGGUCGUGCGCAAACCUGGCUCGGGGUGCUGCCGGAGGCCAUUGCCCCGGUCGAUCGGACCGCCGGGAAUGGGCCCAUCUUCCGGUGCCUGGAGCGUGAAGUGCGCAAUGGCAGCCGGCUGUUGCGCACGGUGCGCGGCGAUCUGGCGGAGCUUGUGGCCAUUGUGGCCGGCACCGCCAAGCAGACCAACCACUCGCGGUCGCUGCUGCGGGACUUCUCGCGGGAUGCGGUGCCGGCGUCGUGGCGGCGGUUCCACACCUCGCCGCCGGGCAUCUCCCUGGAUGCCUGGCUCGGGGACUUUGCCCGUCGUUGCGGGCAGUUCAUUGCCCUGGCUGGGAGCCCGGCGGCCUGGAGCGGCAAUGGCGGCUCGGCUGGUGGGGAUGCCUCGGGCUUCCCCAUCUGGCUGGGUGGCCUGCUGGCGCCGGAGGCCUUCCUGACUGCCUCGCAGCAGGCCGUGGCCCAGGCCCGGGGCUGGUCGCUGGAGGAGCUGCAGCUGUCGUUGGAGUUCCUGCCCGAGGCCGAGGGGACCUCGGCUGCCGGGGAGGAUGUGGCGGCGGCGGCGGCUGCUGCGCGCGCACGCGAUCUGGCCUCGCCCGGGACCUUCCUCCUGUCGGGCAUUCGUCUGGAGUGUGCGGUGGUGGCGGCGGCCGGCACCGGCCAGGUGGUUCCUGGCCCCUCGCACGGGGCGGCCAUUGGCCUUGUCCGGCUGUGCUGGCACCAGCGCGCCGGCGUGGUCCUGCCGGCCGAUGCCAUUCAGCUGCCGGUGUACCUGAACUCGGCGCGCAAGCAGCUUCUCUUCUCCACCUGGCUGUCGUCCAGCAUGACGGCGCCGGUGGCCUACCAGCGCGGUGUGGCGCUCACCUGCUCCGAUGUCAAGUCCACCUAG